AUGCCAGACUUUCAUUUUCGGGUCAUGUUGACGGGGAUGGCGCCGAUUCCGAAGACCGUGGGGCUGGCCAAGCUAGACUGUCCUCUGCGGCCCGGCUGCCCGCUGGGGGUCGCUGCUGUUCCCAAACUCUGCAAGGAAUUCGGUCCUGAGGACUACGGCGACGAGGACAUAGUGGAUUUUCUUCGACGACUUGUGGAGAAUGAUCCCUAGGGCCUGCAUCGGAUCCGUGUGGGUGGGAGCGGCAGGUGGCUGCAGCUGUGGCACCAUGACCAUUUCUGUUAUGAGGGGGAAACAGCUGGACAGAAUGACAAGGCCAAGGAGGCUGAGAGACUGGGCACCUACUGUGGUCUCCGAAAGUCCUUCCUAUACUCUCCACGAGGGUCUAAGCCCUGCCCUCAAAGCCUUUCUGCCUCGGCAUCCUGCCUCAGUGACUCAGACAACCUGCUUCAGGUGGCCAUGCCGCAGAGGCUCCUGCUGACUGAAGAGGAAGCCAACCGCCUGGCUGAGGAGCCAAUGUCUGAGCAGGAGCGCAUGAAACGGAAAGCAGAGAAGAAACGACUCAAAAAGAAGGGUCAAAAGGAUCGGAAGCGAAGAGAGCGUUUGGAGCAGGAUGGUGGGGAGUCCAACGCAAAUGUCAUUGCAGAUGGGGAUGGGAGCCCCCCGUCCAGCUCUGGGAACCCAGCUCAGGGACAGUGUUGUGAGGAAGAGGACCCACUGGAUCUAUCUAGUACUUUUGUGUCUCUGGCUUUGUGCAGGGUUGGGGAUUGGCCCCCCAGUGCCUGCAGAGAAAAGGGACUGAGUCAGGAGCCCCAAGGCAGGAGCUUGGGUCCCCAAGAGAAGAUGAGUUAGGAGGAAGGAAGCACUCCAAAAGAAGAGAGCCCCCGGCAGAGUCAUAAGGCAGAGGCAUCUCUAGAAUUGCUGGCAGCUGCCUUACAACAGAGCCAGGAGUGCCCAGAGUUUGGUACCAGCUUUGGCCAAAAUGGUUUCCACCACAAGGCCGUGGUCCUCUUCACCCAGGCCUCGAAGCUCAACCCCCGGGACCACCGGUUACUUGGAAAUCACUCAUUCUGCCAUGAACGGCUGGCUCAGCCGGUGUGGGCCCUGGCUGAUGCCCAGAUAGCCCUUACUUUGAGGCCUGGCUGGCCCCGGGGCCUCUUCCACCUGGGCAAAGCCUUGAUGGGACUGCAGCAUUUUGAAGAGGCAGCUGCUGUGUUCCAGGAGACUCUGAGAGGCGGAUCCCAGCCUGACGCAGCCUGGGAGCUCCACUCCUGCCUUCUUCAACUCGCUCUGGACCAGCGAGGAGGAAGCCCUGGGCCGCCUCUGUCAACUGGAUUCACCUAUGCAUUUCCCCAUGUUGAGCUGGGGCCUUCAGGCCUCCUCUCCCUCAGUUGCCCUGGAAGCACUGCUCCGAGGGCCCCUGGCCUUCUGUCUCCACCCUUGCAUUAUCCCCCACAUCACCUGAGCCACUCCAGCUGGUCCCUCCCCCAUACUCAGAGCAGAAGGCCCUGUCCUCUCCAUUUCCAGGACUCCUCAAAGGGCUGGGGCAUCCUGGGACUUGGGCCCCAGCACCUACCUCACACCAGAUGAAGGAGGACCUGUCCCUAAUAAGGCAAGGCCAUGUGUGCAUCCCACAGGGAUGAAGGACACCGUGUGGUAGCAGUUCACUGCACAUUUUGAGACCUGUACUCUAAAACCACGGUUGGGAACAUCCCUGGCAGUCAUGCCUCUUGCCACAGAGACCUUCUGAUGAGAGAAAGGAGCCCUACAUCCACUGCGAUAGGCUUUCUUUGGUUCUUAAGCAGAUGGCUUCUUCUGGGAGCAGUAAGGAAAAACAAAAUCCCCCAAGGCUCAAGAAGGGAUCUGUACAAAAGUUCAGGUUUUCAGACUAUAACAGACCUGGCAGUGGGGGCAUUUGAGGCUUGCCCUGCUUCUUGGCCCUGGGGGACUCACUCACCGGCCAGAGCUCUGUGCUCAGGAUGGGGUCACAGUAAUGAAUAAGGCCCAAGUCUCGCCCUUCAGCUUGACAGAUGCUCACUUCUUCCUAAUCCCAGUUCUUGCCCUGUUUUCUCAAGCCUGAGCUCCUCAUGCCCCGUUUCCUGUCCACACUUCUCUGCAUAUUCUAACCUCUCCUUUGCCCAAUGGUCUGAUGCUCACCUCCUCCCACUGCUAGAAGAUUCACCAAGGGUUUGUAUUUACCAGCUUACCAGCUCCUGCCUGGAGCUGGCAGAGCCCAUACAUCUCCACGUACCUGCACUGCUGGCUCUCCCACUGAUGGGGCCUUAGCAGGUACCCAGGCUUCUGCUACCUUGGUCAUGGUCUUUCUCCACUCCAGCACUGGGCAUUGUAACCAGCCUUUCCCCCAUGUGAAUUUAAAUUACUUAAUUUUUUCCACCCAGGGUCACUGCCCCUAAAGAAGGCUAAAAUCCUCUACUUUCUGUAUAAGAAUCACGACCUUCUGGUUUCUCCUCUAAGAUCCUGGCAGCUGCGCCUGGCUGGUUCCUCCCUAGCUCUGCCUGGGACUCUCAGUUCAUUUAAAUAUGGAUCUACAGGGGACUUUUAGGCCUCCAGAAUGCCUUUCCUAGAGGAACCAUUUAUCAGGAUGAAUGACUCUUGCUGCCCUAUGGGUCUUAUUCAACACCGUUUGCACCCAGAGAUAGGAGAUGCUGAAGCACCUCUUUAUUUAAGGCAGUCCCAAAUUCUUGUUAUUACUUAUGGUUUCAGGCCCCUUAAAUACUGUAUGACAGAUUGAAGUCUGCCAUUACUAGUUGGGUAACCUUCAGCAGA